AUGGUGGAUUGCUCUUCUUGUUUGCUCGAUUGUUCGAGUUCCGCUCAUUCCAAUAAUUCCACUGUGUGCUAUCAAGCUUGCAGUAACGAUACCACCACCAACAAAUGGGACAUUGAAGUCGAUGUCAAAGGUCAAGUGGACACCGGUGCAGACAGUAACUCGCAACGCUUCUCUUUCUCAAAACUGAUGCAGUCGAUCGCUUAUUUGGAUCCUGGAAACCUUGAAUCGGAUCUUCAAUCGGGUGCGAUCGCAGGUUAUAAGUUACUCUGGUUACUAUUUUGGGCGCAUGCGGCAGGUCUUGCCAUCCAAAUCUUGAGUGCACGUCUGGGUGUAGUGACAGGCAAUCAUUUGGCCCAGUUAAUUCGACAAUCGUACAGUCGACCGAUCUCAUUUGUGAUUUGGCUUUUCACCCAGUUUGCGAUUAUUGGAUCCGAUAUUCAGGAAAUCAUCGGAACCGCAAUCGCUCUAAAAAUCUUUUUCGGAUUCUCGUUGUGGGUGGGCGUGUUGAUCACGGCCACGGAUACCUUCCUUUUUAUGUGGCUGCAACAGUAUGGUGUGCGUAAAAUCGAGGUGUUUUUCAUGGUGCUCAUCGGUGUGAUGGUCGGAUGCUUUUGGGCAGAAAUGUUUGCAUCCCACCCGAGCAUACGUCAUAUUGUGGAAGGCAUUUUGAUUCCAGAAAUUCCCGAACAAGCUACGGUUCAAGCCGUUGGUAUGGUGGGAGCGGUGAUUAUGCCCCACAAUAUGUUUUUGCACAGCGCCUUGGUCAUGUCCCGCAAUCUCGGAGAGAAGCCGACAGUGGAGAAAAAGAAGGAAGCCAACUUUUAUUUCGCUGUGGAAUCAGGUCUAGCACUGUUGACCUCGUAUUUCAUUAAUCUGGCCAUUGUUGUGGUGUUUGCCCAAGUGUUUUACGCACCGGAUCGAGAUGUUCUCCAAUUGCCAGGUCUCUAUGACGCUUCCGAUGUGUUACGCCGCACCCUCGGUGAAGGUGCACGCUACUUGUGGGCAGCUGGUCUGCUCGCUGCAGGUCAAAGCUCAACCAUGACAGGCACCUUGGCAGGCCAAUAUGUGGUGGAGGGUUUCUUUGGUGCAAUCUUUAAGAAACAAUGGCAUCGAGUGGCACUUACUCGCGCCAUCGCCCUCGUGCCCAGUAUGCUUGUCGCCGUACUGGCCGUCAAACGAUUUGAUACAAUGGGUGAAAUCUUGAAUGUAUUGCAGAGCUUAUGUCUUCCUACGGCCAUUAUUCCCAUUCUCAAAUUAACGGCUUCGUCCAAUAUCAUGACAUCGACAUUCAAAAAUUCGAAAAGGGCCAACAUGCUCUACUGGUUGAUCUCGUGGAUCGUCAUUGGAUUCAAUGUGUAUCUGUUUGUCAGCUACCUCAAAGAGCUGUCGUGGCCACCUGUGCUUGUGCUGCUCACGAUUGGUUACUUUGCAUUCGUCGUGUAUCUGGUGUAUCUUCCAGUGGACCGCGUUCAUUCAAAGCAUGGCAUUCACCACACGGAAGCAUAA